AUGUUGAGACAUCAUCUGAUCUGCAGUCUCCCCCCGCCACUCCCCACCCCAACCCCAACUGUGUACCUCCCCACUCUGGUGACACCAUCUGAUUCCCAGUAUCUCCAGACUGUGGUGACACCAUCUGAUUCCCAGUACCUCCCUACUGUGGUGACACCAUCUGAUUCACAAAACCUCCCUACUGAGGUGACACCAUCUGAUUCCAAGUACCUCCCCACCCUGGUGACACCAUCUGAUUCCCAUUACCUCCCCACUGUGGUGACACCAUCUGAUUCCCAGUACCUUUCCACUGUGGUGACACCAUCUGAUCCCCAGUACCUCCCCACUGUGGUGACACCAUCUGAUUCCCAUUACCUCCCUACUGUGGUGACACCAUCUGAUUCCCAGUACCUCCCCACUGUGGUGACACCAUCUGAAUCCCAGUACCUCCCUACUGUGGUGACAUCAUCUUAUCCCCAGUACCUCCCCACUGUGGUGACAACAUCUGAAUCCCAGUACCUCCCUACUGUGGUGACACCAUCUGAUUCCCAGUACCUCCCUUCUGUGGUGACACCAUCUGAUUCCCAGGACCUCCCCACUGUGGUGACACCAUCUGAUUCCCAUUACCUCCCUACUGUGGUGACACUAUCUGAUUCCCAGGACCUCCCUACUGUGAUGACACCAUCUGAUUCCCAGUACCUCCCUACUGUCGUGACACCAUCUGAUUCCCAGUACCUCCCUACUGUCGUGACACUAUCUGAUUCCCAGUACCUCCCUACUGUGGUGACACCAUCUGAUUCCCAGUACCUCCCUACUGUCGUGACACUAUCUGAAUCCCAGUACCUCCCUACUGUGAUGACACCAUCUGAUUCCCAGUACCUCCCUACUUUGGUGACGCCAUCUGAUUCCCAGUACCUCCCUACUGUGAUGACACAAUCUGAUUCCGAGUACCUCCCUACUGUGGUGACACCAUCUGAUUCCCAGUACCUCCCUACUGUCGUGACACUAUCUGAAUCCCAGUACCUCCCUACUGUGAUGACACCAUCUGAUUCCCAGUACCUCCCUACUGUGAUGACACAAUCUGAUUCCGAGUACCACCCUACUGUGAUGACACAAUCUGAUUCCGAGUACCUCCCUACUGUGGUGACACCAUCUGAUUCCCAGUACCUCCCUACUGUCGUGACACUAUCUGAUUCCCUAUAUCUCCCCACUGUGGUGACACCAUUUUAUUCCCAGUACCUCCCUACUGUGGUGAUACCAUCUGAUUCCCAUUACCUCCCUACAGUGGUGACACCAUCAGAUUCCCAUUACCUCCCUACAGUGGUGACACCAUCUGAUUCCCAUUACCUCCCUACUGUGGUGACACCAUCUGAUUCCCAGUACCUCCCUACAGUGGUGACACCAUCUGAUUCCCAUUACCUCCCUACAGUGGUGACACCAUCAGAUUCCCAUUACCUCCCUACAGUGGUGACACCAUCUGAUUCCCAUUACCUCCCUACUGUGGUGACACCAUCAGAUUCCCAUUACCUCCCUACAGUGGUGACACCAUCAGAUUCCCAUUACCUCCCUACUGUGGUGACACCAUCAGAUUCCCAUUACCUCCCUACUGUGGUGACACUAUCUGAUUCCCAUUACCUCCCUACUGUGGGGACACCAUCUGAUUCUCUGUACCCCUCUACGGUGGUAUACAACAGGUGA